AUGGCCUGGCUUGGGCGGACGGCGACGCUGCUGCUGCUAGUCGCGGUGCUUCUGGCCUCCGCUUCUUCCCCCACCGCGGCGGCGGCGGGGCAGGGGGAAACAGUGAUCAGGCUGAAGCACAGUGAUGAUGGUUAUUCCUACAAUCAUACUCUUGCUCAUAUUCUCGUCGAAUACGCAUCUGCAGUGUACACAUCUGACUUAACAUCACUUUUCUUAUGGACCUGUCCAAGGUGCAAAGGCCACACAAAGGGUUUUGAGGUGAUAGAGAUCAUAGUAGAUGUGGAGAACUGCUUACAGGCAUUUGUUGGAGUUGCGCCUGACCCUCGAUCCAUAAUCAUUGCAUUUAGAGGCACUCAACAGCACAGUGUCUCAAAUUGGAUCGAAGAUCUUUUCUGGAAGCAGCUUGAUGUGGCAUACCCAGGCAUGCCGGAUGCUAUGGUACAUCAUGGGUUUUAUACUGCAUAUUAUAAUACAACUAUGCGAUAUGAGAUCCUGAAGUCUAUUAAAUGGGCAAGAAAAACAUAUGGAAAUCUACCCAUAAAUGUUGUGGGACAUUCCAUGGGAGGGGCUUUAGCUUCGUUUUGUGCCCUUGAUCUAUCUGUUACAUUUGGAUCAAAGGAGGUUGAGCUCAUGACUUUUGGACAGCCUCGGAUAGGCAAUCCUGCUUUUGCUGUAUACUUUGGUGGACAGGUUUGGCUUCAUGAGAGCAUAGAUGGAAAUGUAAUUACCAGAAAUGAGACGCUAUGUGAUGAUUCUGGUGAGGACCCAACCUGUAGCAGGUCGGUCUAUGGGAUGAGCGUAGCGGAUCAUCUUGAGUACUACGGUGUCACACUACAUGCUGAUUCAAGGGGAACCUGUCAAUUUGUGAUUGGUGCAGCCAACUCAGUAUACAGCUACAUUCGUGAAGUUGAUGGAUCCAUCAUCUUGUCAAGAUAUCCAGAAGAACCAGAAACUCUAGAAUCUAUGUGA